AUGCAGUACCCGCCAAAUCUCUCACUUAACCUAGGGCCGUAUAGCAGAUGCGAGAAGUCCUGUGGAGUUCUCAUCACUGGGCUGGCGCUGCAGUUGAGUGUAUUGACAUUUGCAGCGCUCACAACAUUUUUUCCACUAUGGACGGGGGAAUUCUCGCAUGACAAUCUCAGAUCUCGCCUCGUGUUCUUCUCAUUCACGUGUGCUGGUACUUUGCUUCUGUCUCUCUCUCUGUGGUGGACAGCGUACACGAUUGGUAAGCCUGAAAUCUCUCGCGUGUACAAGCCAAAGGAGGACAGCCAGCAGACUUUCGUCGUUUGGGCGCAGAGAGAAAAUGACGAUUUAGGGACCGAAGCCUGCAUUAUCAUCAAGAAGAUCGAGAAGGAACUUAUCUCCGCCCACCGGAAUUUAGGUACAUUUCCUUCUCAGAAUAUUGUAAUUUCCUACAUUUCAGCUUUUUUCCUGAUCGUCGGCUUUUUAAUUCAAAGUGUUGGAUUAUCUACGAUGCAUUGGCCGACUCAAUCACUGCAACUACUUGCAAUAUCGGCCAUGUUUGGUCUGAGGUACUGGCUUCACAAGCAGACCAUUCCAGAUGGUAUCAAACUACAAUAUAACCAGGAUGAUGGGCCAAAGAAGGAAUUCAACACUGGAAAGGCGGAGAAAGAAGUGAUGGCCCUGCUACCUCCAGCAGCUCCAGCUGGAGAUAUAGUGAGGUGGAUAUCACAGCAAAAAAGAGAAGUAUCAACAGGAAAAAGUGGAAAUCUCUUCGAAUAUGGGCCCUGUGCUAAUAGCAAGUAA